AUAUCCGGGAACGCUAGACUGCCCCCUCUCCCCAGGCCUGAGCUGCUCCUCCCACUGCCCUCCCUCCUUCCCGGGAAGCAGGAUCUUCGAGGAGGGCUCGGAGAGGCGGAGGGCUGGGCGGUCCUCCGCCCGCCCGCGGCUGGAGCCAGCGAAGCCCCCUCCCGCCCGGAGCCCGCCGGCGUUGGGCGCCGCGCAGGCGAUGGACGCCUCCUGGCUCGAGACGCGCUGGGCGCGGCCCUUGUACCUGGCGUUCGUGUUCUGCCUGGCGCUGGGGCUGCUGCAGGCCGCCAAGCUCUACCUGCAGAGGCAGCGGUUGCUGCGGGACCUGCGCCCCUUCCCCGCGCCCCCCACCCACUGGUUCCACGGGCACCAGAAGUUUCUUCGGGAUGACAAAAUGGAAAAGCUUGAUGAGGUUGUUGAAAAAUACCCUCGUGCCUUCCCUUGCUGGAUUGGGCCCUUUCAGGCAUUUUUCUAUAUCUAUGACCCAGACUAUGCAAAGACAUUUCUGAGCAGAACAGAUCUCAAGUCCCAGUACCUGUGCAAGUUCAGAAUUCCAUGUCUUGGAAAAGGACUGGUGAAUCUAGAAGGGCCCAAAUGGUUCCAGCACCGUCAACUACUAACUCCUGGAUUCCAUUUUAACACCCUGAAAACAUAUGUUGAGUUGAUGGCCCAUUCUGUGAACACAAUGCUGGAUAAGUGGGAGAAGAUUUGCAGGACUCAGGACACACCCGUGGAGGUUUAUGAGCACAUCAACUUGAUGGCCCUGGACAUAAUCAUGAAAUGUGCUUUCAACCAGGAGACCAACUGCCAGAUAAACAGCACCCACGAUCCUUAUGUCAAGGCCAUGCUUGAACUCGGCAGAAUCGCAUUUUACCCCUUGCACAGCUUAUUGGUUCACAAUGACAUAAUUUUCAAAUUCAGUCCUAAGGGCCACCGUUUUCAGGAGUUAAGCCAAGUGCUGCAUCAGUACACAGAAAAGAUAAUCCAAGAUAGAAAGAAAUGCCUCAAGGCUGGAAUGAGACAGGAUAACACUCAGAAGAGGACGUGCCAGGAUUUUUUGGAUAUCAUUCUUUCUGCCCAGGCUGAAAAUGGAGACAGCUUCUCAGAUACUGACGUACAAUCCGAAAUGAACAUGUUCAUGUUGGUAGGGCAUAACACCAUGACAGCGAGCCUCUCCUGGCUCCUCUACUGCCUGGCUCUGAACCCUGAGCAUCAGGAGAGAUGCCGGGAGGAGAUCAGGGGCAUCCUGGGGGACGGGUCUUCCAUUAACUGGGACCAGCUGGGUGAGAUGUCAUAUACCACAAUGUGCAUCAAGGAGACAUUCCGAUUGAUUCCUACAAUCUCAUCCAUUUCCAGAGAACUCAGCAAGCCCCUUACUUUCCCAGAUGGAUGCUCAUUGCCUGCAGGAAUGACUGUGGUUCUCAGUAUUUGGGGUCUUCAUCAUAAUCCUGCUGUCUGGAAAAACCCAAAGGUCUUUGACCCCUUGAGGUUCUCUCAGGAGAAUUCGGAUCAGAGACAUUCCCAUGCCUACUUACCAUUCUCAGCUGGACCAAGGAACUGCAUCGGGCAGCAGUUUGCCAUGGUUGAGUUAAAGGUGGCCAUUGCCUUGAUUCUGCUCCACUUCAAACUGACUCCAGACCCCAUCAGGCCUCCUACCUUCUCAAACCAUAUUGUCCUCAAACCCAAGGAUGGGCUCUAUUUGCAGCUGAAGAUACUCCCUGACUCUUAAAUUCCAGGGUACAGUGAUUAAAUAUGUUUUGUUUUAAAAUUAAAUUUAUAGCUAAUGCUCCAAGCAAAUGGAAAGGAAUCUAAAGUGUGGGGGGAGGGAUGGAAAUAGAUGGUACGGGGGCUCUGUGAAGCUGCAUAUUCUUCAAAAACAUUGCUGGGUAACAUUGGGGGUGUCACCUAGAUCUGUUUCUGUGUGACUUUGGAAGAUUUUCAAAUCUUUUCUACUUGGUUUUGACUACUGUUAACACUAUAUGCAAACACUUCAUUAGAUGACUUCCAUACAUUUUGUUGUUUUUAAAAAUAGUUUUGGCCAGACUCAGUGACUCAGUCUAUAAUCCCAACACUUUGGGAGG